AUGGGUGCUUACAGCAAGAUCUACAAUGCAUUUAGAAAGUAUCCUCUAUUAAGGGGUAUGGCAUCUUAUAGCAUAAUUUGGCCAGCUUCUAGUUUAAUUCAACAAACCUUUGAAGGAAAACGAUUUGAUACUUACGAUUAUUGGAGAAGUGCUCGGUAUGGAUUAUAUGGAUGCUGUUAUGUUGCACCAACAUUAUAUAGUUGGUUAACAAUUGCCAAUAUAAUGUGGCCUGGUAGCUCAAUACGUGCAGGAAUAAUUAAGACAUUUGUUGAAACUCUUACCUACACUCCAUUUGCCAUGUGCAGUUUUUAUUUUGUGAUGAGUUUACUGGAAUCAAAGCCUUUCCAUGAAGCUGUAGCCGAGGUAGAAGCAAAAUUUUUGCCUACAUAUAAGGUGGGCGCCUCCGUUUGGCCUGCUGUUGCAAUGAUCAACUUCUGCCUUAUACCACCAAGAAACAGGGUUCCUUUUAUUAGUGUGUGUAGUUUAAUUUGGACAUGUUUUCUUGCUUAUAUGAAACAUAUAGAUAAAGAAAAGGUGCCUUUAAAAUCAGUAUUAAGACUAAAAGUCGAUAUUAUGUUCUUCAAGAAAUUAUAA